UGUGAGGGGGGGUCUGGCUGCGACAUAACAAAUCUGGGAACCCAUGCCACUGUAUCCAGCGCUGUCCGCCCCCAACAUUAACCCUGCUAUUUCGAGAAACUUCCAGCCCACUUUUCCACGUCACUUGAAGGAAUCUUUAAAGCGUCCGUCGCCCGUAUAAAAUGUCUCAGUACUCGACAGCCAGCAAUAUGAACGGCAUGAAGACACAGUCACCGAUACUGACCAUGGCGAGUAAUGACAACGACCCUCUCCCCCUCGGUUGGGAAGUAAAAAUUGACCCUCAGACUGGAUGGCCCUUCUUCGUGGACCACAACAACCGUACCACAACCUGGAAUGACCCGAGACACGACACGAAAAAGGUUCGAGAAGUGUCAGCAAAUGGACCCAACAUACAGCCAGAACUAAGUCCUCAGGAGACACAGAAGACCUUUGUGAGGGAGAUGAAGCACCCCAUUCUUCGCCCAGGUUAUGUUCCCAUCCCAGUCUAUCAUGAGGGCGCAGAACUGAGGCACCAGCAGCAGCACCCGUGUUAUUCCUACAUCCAGCCAAGCACUGCACAGAACAUCCGGACAGAUGGGCGGACACCUUCCCCAACGCCGGGGCUCCACUGCAGGCCUAGAUCGCCUUUACAUGGCCCGUCAGACAGCUCCUCCGCUGAGCCUGGAAAGACAAGCUCGCCUGUCUCACAGACACCAGAGGCUUAUACUGUUACGCAUCACCAACCUUCACGGCCCAGCAGCACCGGUCUCCAGUCUGGUUAUAUCCCUAUACCAGUGAUUCAUGAGGGUGGAGGGGGACAAACACAGGUUCAAUUAAAUCCCUCAGUUUACUCUCAGCGCAUCCCUUACCCAGAACAUCAGCAGCCCUUCCAUCGUCUUCAGACAGAUGAAUGGCCCGGCUACUCUGCUGCAAUGCAGCCCCCCCGGGAACAGGCUUCGCCAACUCUGUUUCCUCAGCACCGCGAUACUGCCUCCAUUCAUCUCCCUCCUCACAUCAGAAGCCAGUCACCUGUUAUAUCACAAGUGAUGGGAGAAAGGCCACAGGUUCAGCAGCAUAUCCUCACGAGAGAGCCGCCACAGAAAAUGGAGCAGGAACAACAAAGCAUGCAGCAGAAACCCGAGAACACGCAGCUCCCCCAGCCGAUGCACACAGAAGCCGACGUCCAAAAGCCUCAGCAACCUCAACACUUCCAGCAGCCUCCACCUCAGCAGCCUCAACACUUCCAGCAGCCUCCACCUCAGCAACCUCAACAGUUCCAGCAGCCACAGCAGUUUCAGCAGGCACCACCUCAGACGUCUCCACAGCCUCAGCAACCUGAACAACCACAACACCACAGUUCAGACAUCACAGUUCAAAUACCUCCAAAACCAGAGCCCCAGGACAUGAAAGCUUUUCCUCCGGAGGUCCCACCUGGAAAAGUAGAGGCUGGACAAGCUGCUCAGGGUCCCAUCCACCCAGGCUUAGCUAAGGUACAGCAAAUAGUGGAAAGAGUCGCUAAACUGGAGCAGGAGGUGAAGUGCUUUGAUGGGAAGAAGAAUGAUAAGAAAUACUUGUUACUGGAGGAGCUGCUCACCAAAGAGCUCUUAGCGCUGGACUCUGUCGACCCGGAGGGCCGUUCAGACGUACGGCAAGCGAGACGAGACGGAGUCCGUCGCGUCCAGACCAUACUGGAAGAACUAGAGCAACUGGAGGAGCCGCCAGCCAGGGCUGCCAGUGAGACUGUGAUGGAGGGACAGAAAGGAGAGCCCAGCAUGAAGGAGAACAUUGAGAUGACGAAGGAGACAUUGCAAUGACUGCACACUUCAUAAAAAGAGUCAAGAGGGAUUACCUGCUGUAUAUUUGAUAGUGGAUAAGUCUGCUCUGGCUAACUCUCCUCCUCCUCCUCUACCUACAGCAUUUGUGGAAGUUGCAUGCAUUGAUUAACAGUGUUGGUAUGUCCAGCCAUUCAGCACAUAAUUGAUGGUAGCUCAGUGCAAUCAUGUUUUUUCAAGCCAAUGUUGUUGCCUUCUAUGUUGUGCCGAUGUCUUUAUAAUAAGACGGCCGUCAUGAUUAUUGGUUGACAACAAAUGCCAGGCAAGGGUUAAAUAAGAGGCCUUUUUUCAAUAAAUGAAGAGAAGCAUAAGUAUUUUCUUAAGAAAUGUCAUGUGUAAUUGCCUUUUGUCUGAUCGAAUAUCAUACGAAGCUUUUCACAAUCCAGUCGGUACACGUGUUUGUACACAAGUGCAAACAUCGGGGCUUUAAAGCAGAACUCUGCUAAACUGAGUCAACAAGGAAAGCAUUUCUCCCCCUUUACCGCCACAUGGCCAUGUUGGAGCUGCUUUGUCACAGAACACAGUGAAUAUGUUUAUUAGAAGCUGCUUUUUGGUGCAUUACUGAUUCUGCUGUCUUUGCACUUUGCCAUCAUUGAAUUGUAUCAUGCUGAAAAUCAGCAGCACUUCGUUUUAAGUAUAUCAGUUAAACGAGUUUUGAUUGAUGUGUUUGAGUGUUUGUAUGUGAAUUGGUUUACUCGUUAUUUCAAAUCAUGAUAUUAGUAUUUAUAUCAUUAUAUGAAGUAUUUUGGUACAUUAAUGAAUGUGUAAUAAUAAAUGGAGGGUGAGAUGUGUAUCUUACUUGAGAUGUGAGACAAUCAGCACUCAAUCAGGUGCUAAAUAGGAGAUGCAGUUAAGAGAUUGUCAGAAUGUCCUUGUAUAACUACCAAAGCCACAAUCUGUAAUUACACUAACACACACACACACACACACAAAUGGCCCUAAAAGCCUUAAAGAUGCCAACAUAAAAUACCCCAAAAAAACACUAUAGUCUGUCAGUUUUAUGAUCACACUGUUUGUGUAGUAAUUUAUUACUCUAAUACGAUUGUAAGCCAUCUGCCUAACACUCUUAACCAGAAAUUAUAGAUCGUGGCUUAAUGUUGAUCACGGUUUAUUAGUAGCUUUGAUGAAAGAAAGUCACGUUGGUAUGGCUGAAAAUAAAAUGUAUUUGACAUGAAUUUUGACUGAUGCUUGGGUUCCCAAAGAUUCUCGAAGUGUGAGACUUUUUAUUUUACAUUUUUAUGUUAAUCGUUUACUCAAGGAGAAGAAAAUUACCAGGUAAUUGAAUUGUAUGUAUGUAUACGUAUAUGUCCACUUGGCCAGCUACCAAAUCAAG